AUGGAGCACAUCGGGGGAGAAGGGCGCUCUGGCCGCCGGGGGAUCACCUCCGCCCGUGGAGCAGCUCGAGCGACACGGCCGCCGAUGGGGGAGGAGCUUGGGGGAGGAGGGAAUAGGACGGGCUCGAGAGUGGCGGGCUUGGUGGCGGCGGGAGGCAGCUCGGUGGGGGAGGAACUUAUGGGCGGGGCGAGAUGUAAUUCAAAGGUUGUUGGCCCAAAUCUAUAUCUCUACACAGCAGACUCCGUGCUCGGCCGGAAAGCUGGCAUCAUCGUCGAUGAGGCGGCGGCGCCCGAGAGUUCACCGCCUGGGGCGGGGAGGUACGCCGUGAUCUUCAACGCCGGCAGCACGGGGACUCGUGUGCACGUCUUCAGGUUCGACAGGAAGCUCGAGACGGCGACGAAGGCAUCGAGGUGUUCGCCAAGGGCAACUGCUGGGUUGGGACUUAUCGGAGAAGAGCAAUCGGACCAGAUUCUUGAAGCGGUUAGGAACCCUGUCCACACUAAGAGCAAAUUUCAGACCAAGCCCGAGUGGAUCACUGUUAUUGAGGGAUCUCAAGAAGGAUCAUACCUAUGGGUUGCUCUGAAUUAUCUGUUGGAUAAAUUGGGAGGGGACUACUCACAGACAGUAGCCGUGGUUGAUAUGGGCGGUGGAUCAGUGCAAAUGGCCUAUGCCAUUUCUGCAAAUACCGCUGCAAAUGCUCCGGUGGCGCCUCAUGGGGAAGACCCCUAUGUUAUAAGAGAGUAUCUUAAAGGAAAAGAUUACAACAUCUAUGCUCAUAGUUACUUGCACUAUGGUGCUUUUGCAUCACGAGCAGAGAUUUUGAAGGCAAACAAUGGACCAUUCAGCAGCUGCAUGUUGCGUGGAUUCAGCGGUGAAUACACCUACAAUGAGGAGCAGUAUGAUGCAACUGCCGCACCAGAAGGAGCAGUCUACUGCAAGUGCAGAGAAGAGAUAGGCAAAGCACUGAACCUGAACGCGCCAUGUGAAACAAAGAACUGCACCUUCAAUGGCAUAUGGAAUGGCGGUGGCGGAGCAGGCCAAGAUAACCUCUAUGUUGCAUCCAGCUUCUACUACGUGGCCUCAGAGGUCGGCAUCAUAGAUGACAAUGCACCAAGCGGAAAAACUACCCCUGGCGUAUUCGGAGCUUCCGCGGAGGCUUGCCAGAUGAGUGUUGAAGAAGCCAAAAUCGAAUACCCAAACGUCAACGACGAUGUCUAUGUGCCAUACGUAUGCAUGGACCUUGACUACCAGUAUACGUUGCUAGUAUGGCUUUGGUGUGGAGGCGACCAAGGAGAUCACCGUGGUGGACAAGGUGAGCAUGGAGAGUACUACGUGGAAGCUGUGUGGCCUCUAGGCUCCGCUAUUGAGGCUGUGUCAGCCAAAAAAUGGCGUCAAGAUGCAUGA